AUGGCUUCCUGGGUUGAAACCAGCGAGCAGCCGGAGUUCUCUCUGACCAACCUUCCAUUCGGUGUGUUCAGCACAAAAAGUGAUUCCAUUCCCCGGAUUGGCGUUGCGAUUGGCAGCUAUGUCCUCGACUUGAAACUCCUUGCCCAAAGACGGGUCUUUGCAGGUCUCGAUUUCAACACCGACACUCUGCAAGCAACCACGCUGAAUACCUAUGCAGCGCUGGGGAGGCAUAUUCACCGUAGAGUCAGGGCCUAUCUACAGAAAGUCUUAGCCCACGAUGCCUCUGUGAGGCAUGUCCUUCGCGACAAUGUGGAAUUACGAGAAGCAUCGCUAAUCGAUAUGAGAAUCGUCCAAAUGCAUCUCCCCAUGGACAUUGGCGACUACACAGACUUUUUCACAAGCCCAUAUCAUGCACAGAAUGUGUGUAUCAAUAUCGUCAGACCAGGGACACAGCUCCCUUCCAACUUCUGGGACUUCCCAUUGGGUUAUCAUGGGCGAGCAUCAUCAAUUGUCGUGUCCGGCACCCAGAUCCGCCGACCACGAGGCCACAGGGUCGUAAAUGGGGCAAUGACAUUUGGGCCAUGCCGGAAACUUGACUUUGAGGUGGAACUCGCAGCAUUCAUAGGAGAAGGAAAUGCGCUAGGGAAGUCAAUCGGCGUGGACGAGGCAGAAAAGCAUAUAUUUGGCUUCGUACUGUUGAAUGACUGGUCCGCCCGAGACAUCCAGAGAGCCGAAGCAGGCCUCAUGGGUCCUCUUAACGGGAAGAACUUCGCCACGACGAUAUCCCCUUGGGUUGUUUCGCCGGAUGCGCUUGAGAAUUAUCGAGCAGAACCUCUCGACAAUCAUCCACCACAGCCACAUUUGCAGUCUGGGCAAAAAAACUCAGUCUUCGAUAUAAACAUCGAUCAUCUGAUUGCACAGUGUAACACCAAGAACGUUCUUUUUUCAUUCCCUCAGAUGAUUGCACAUCAUACCGCCAGUGGAUGUCCCAUGCGAACAGGGGAUCUCAUUGCCACUGGUACUGUAUCAGGGCCUGAAAAUACCCAACUGGGCUGUCUGCUGGAGCUGACAAGGGACGGCACCGUGCCAUUUCAGAAACCCUCAGGAAUUGAUAACACUGCCACCAUUCAUCGCGAGUGGCUGAAAGACGGUGACAGGAUUAUCUUUAGAGUUAGCAAAGACAAUCAGGGCAAAGCGGCCGACGUUGGGUUCGGAUCCUGUGAAGGAACAAUAGCGAUCUGA